CAUAUGUGAUCUGUCUGACAAUGCUUGUGUGUUUUAUUUGUAAUUUUUCUUUAUUGUUUUACUAAUAUCUUUGUCAAUUUGUACCAUUAGCAUUUAUUAUAUUAUGAGUCAUGAAAUGCUUUAUCCACACCAAGAGGAUUUUGUUUUAAUUAGUUGUUUUGAAUUAGGCAUUAAACUGGAAUGCAAACAAAAAAAUUGUGUAAGCAUAGGCCAAAUGUCUGAAAGAGUUGCUUUCCAUGUUUACGAAUGUUUAUUCUGUUACGUAGAUACAUUUCCAAAUGCCUCAGCCUUAACUGUAAUCAGGUAUUGUGUCAAGGGAAAAUGACAGUAGCAGAGGUGCAUUUCAUUGUCCCAAAUAUCAUAAUUUCAUGAACACCCCACCUCUCAUUUUGUGUGUCUGUCUAAUUCUGUGCAUUCCAAGCCUGUCCUCUCUUGUAUGUGUACAGUUUCAUUAUUAAGCAAGUAUUGUGUGUUUUCUGUGUACGCAUCUUGCUAGACAUAUUUAAUCCUACCACUGGGAAUCAUUUACCGAAAAAUAUAAAACAAUCCUGAAUCAAGUGUUGAUCUUUGUUUUCAUAUUUUUACAUGUAUUUCAAAUUAUUAAUGAUUUUUUUUAAAGAAAAAGAAAUUCUCUAUGAAUAUUAUUUUGUUGGAUGCCUAAACGAAGUGUAUAUAUACUUUCAUAUUUACAUUGUUUGGAUAUGGGUAAUGGUGUUGUAGAUUUUUCUUUUCAUUGCUGUAAGUAAUCAUUGUGAUUUUGAAUGAUGAUUUGAAGAUUUGUACAUCAACAUCUGGCUGAAUGUAGAAAUGAUGUUCAUUAUAGAUAUCACAUUAUAUGAAAGGUUGCAUACAAAGAAAACUCUGUAAAUCAUCCACAUGUUCAUGCCAACUUGAUGUGAAUAUCGUUUGAAAAAAGUCUUUCAUGUGUAUUUUGUGUUGAAAUUCUGGAAGUAUUUGACAUCUGCAAAAAAAAAAUAAGUAAACAUGGGCAUUCCAAGCCAUGAUGUGAACUUGUGUGUGACAUGUGAAUAAACUGAGAAAGAAAACUGUAGAACAAAUACUGUAUCAAUAUCAGUAGCCUUUCUUUCGGGAUCUACCAUGAAGUUUGUCAAACCAAAGGAAUCUUUUUAGUGGUGCUUAUAAAACAUGUUGUUCACAAAUAAUAUUGUCCAAUGUAUGUCAUUUAAAUGAAAAUGUUUGUCAACAUUUUUCCUGUGAGUGUAAAUGUAUUUUUGUUUUUUUUCUCUCAUUUUUUUUAAUUGAAUAAAUAGACCAUAUUUGUAUAGUAUGUAUCUAUGUAUGUUAAACUCUCUUAAAUAUUUUAGAACAUGCUAGACAUUGAGUUUCUAUAGAAUGUUAUUUCGUGAGUUUUAAUUAUCAAGAAAUUGACAACAAAUGAAUUUGAGUAUUCACAAAUGAAGACUUUUUAAAUAGUUGUAUAUUUUACAGUCCAUAAUUAUUGCAGUAUGUAAUACAAAAUCCAAGGUCAAAAUCGGAUUGACCUCUAAAAAGAUCAAGUGUAUGAAUGGAAAUUUUUUGAACAUAUUUACAAAGCUAUCAGGUAUACAAUGACAUCUGCACUGUUAACAUACUGCUUGUGUACAUGUAUCGUUGAUAUUCAGGUGGUCACGUGACCGGUCAUAUGAUAUCUAUUCCUGUUUGAGGUUGCUGUAGAUGCUGCCCCUGGCAAGAGAGAAAUGACGCCAGGUUAUUUAUUGUUUGUAGAAAUUCUAGAUGUGUGUAUGACCAUUGAGAUGCAAUAUUGUAUGUCUUUUACAUGUAUUUAAGAUUGAAUAAAACCAAAUGAAACAAUUGA